AUGGCCACCGACACCGAGUUUUCCUACUCGUACACAGAAACGGCCUUGCCGACGCCUUCAGAUACACCGCACCGUGCGUCUUCACGCGUCUCCUCGCGGCCGUCUCUGCACCAUCGGGACACGUCGCCAGGCGCCAACUAUCUCCCCGUCCAUCAUGGGCUGUCUCGCGACCUUGACGAUGCCACCACCGAUGAGGAAACCAUCUCCCCGCUUGACCCGCGCCGCUUUACACCCACUCUCCAUGCCUCGCUUGUCUCCGAGAUUCUGUCGCUGCGCCGCGAGGUCGAGAGUAAGGUAAAGGUGAUCGACGCCCUCGAGAAUAGCCUCGAUGACACUCGCACGGAGAAUGAGUCCCUUGGCGACCAACUGUCACGCGCCACCAAGGAAUCCCGCUCCCUGCGCCACCAGAUCCAGCUCCUCGAGGGUGGCACCUCGUCCGCCCUGGCCGAACUGGCCAAGGAACGCGACGAGGCCUUGGAAAAUAUCUCCGACGUCCGCAGGAAACUCGACCAGGCACAGAAGAAGGUCCGCACCCGCGACGAGGAGGCUGAACGCACCCAGACGCUCUGGGACCGGGACAAGCAGACGUGGGAAGGCGAGCGCAGGAAUCUGGAACGUAAAGUCCAUAUCGUCGAGGGGCGGCUCAAGAUUGUCCUAAAUGAGGUGGCCGCUGUCCAGGCGGCGAAGGGAACACCACCGUCACCAAAAGAUAGUGAAACGGCCAGUGUGCAUUCCGGCCCCAAUGACCAUCACCGCCGCCGCCGAAGUAGCCUGACGAGUGUGAGCAGUGCAGGGGCCGAGCAGCCAGGUGGGGUGCGUUUCUCUGUGAUGAGCAUGGCAAAUGACCAUGACGCGGCCGCAGCCGCAUCAUACGAUGGUUUCAAUUUGGCUCAGGAGUUGGCCUUUGAGGAUGAAGAUUCAGAUCAGUUCGAUGAGCCGUCUACGCCGGAUUCCCCGGGUGCACUGCCGGAGGAGCGGCCGACCUCAGUCCAUUCCCAGGUUUCCUACACCAUGGGGAUGAAAGCGCGAAAGAUCCUCGGCCUCUCCUUUGACGGCAGCAUUGACGGAUCGACAGCGGGAGAGUAUGUCGAAUUCAGUCGCUCAUCGGCCAGGCCACGCUCCGAGUCAUGGGCUGCCGCCCUGCAGACCACGACGUAUCGUGAUGCGGGCAUUCAAUACUCACCUCCUUCAUCACCUACCAGAUCCUUGGAUUCUGAUAUUCUCGAGAAGAACAGCGCGCAGACACACAGCGCCCCCAGCGUCACAUUGACCAUCGACAUGGUUUCCACCUCGUGCCAGACCAUUGGCAGCUUGCCGAGUCCCCCUUGGACCCCGAAGGUGGUUGAAGAACCGCCUUCACCCACGAUGCCGACGCCGGCGGCGCCCGUCGUUUGCAUGGUGUCUUCAUCUACGCAAACCGAGCAGGCCAUCGCCCGCACAGAUCAGGCGACCAACACCCUGAUGCAGAUCCCGAUGAUCGCUAUCCAUCCACCGCGAUCGGAACCCUCGUCACCGCGCGAUAGUGUGGUGUUACCCCCGCAAACGAAGAGUGUGGCCUGCCAAACGAACUUCCGAUCCGUCACCGAGGGACAUUCGAUCGGGAUCCAAACCGAGGAGAUUCGGAUCGACAAACGACCAGUGAAACUGCCGGCCAGUCUGCUUCCCUCCGCGAUCCCUGAUCUUCCAACAACGGCGGUUACUCUUCUCCUCCAGGAUGCGGCUUCUAGCCCCCCUCCGAUUCAACCCUACCGUCCUCCACCGCCUCCACCACCGCGUAUUCCGCCCAAGAGCGAGAAACGGUCUACUAGCAAGGAUCUUACUACCAUACAGGCGUACCCGGGCAACAAUGAUAAUGGUCCCUUGUCGGAGGAUUCCAAGUCUGGAAUCCGGCGUCCGUUCCGGUCGAGCAGUCUGUUUGCCGGGUUCGACGAGCUAACUGAUGACGAGUACUCUCCAGACCGGGACAUCUUCACCGACGACGAUCUCCUGAACCGGCCGUUUGCCUCGUAUACCCUGUCGCGAGGCAAGUUGGUGUCCACCAAGGGCCGGUCGAGUCUAGAUGAACGGCCGCUAUCGGGCAUCGACGAGCAUCUCUUCGAGUCUGAUCUAGGUCAAGACGAGAAAAGCGGACACCCCCGAGCUGGCGCCUCACAACAACGUUCGGGCCCGACCUCGACCUCCAAACAGGAUAUUCGCCGCGCGGCGAUGAUCUCCAGCAGUGCCGCGGCGCACCAGAAAACACGGGCACGCAGCCCCAGCGAGCCGAGCGUCGACAGCAGCGCCGGGUCCAGCAUUGCGCCGCCCUUCCCCGUGCCGAUCCGGUUGAGUUCGCGAAAGGCUCCGCUCGCCGGCAGUGAUGGCCGGCAGAGCCCGACCCCUUCAGGUUCCGUCCGCAACUUCAGCGAGCGCGGGCGACAGUCCAUAGUUCGGCGGCCGACCCUGCGUCGGGUGCGGUCCGCGGCGGCCAUGUCCCAUACCGAGACGCCCGAACGGGCCCGCAGUCAGUCGCCGCCGUCGAUCUCGUCGUAUGCGCUCGAGAGCCCGCAGGUGGUGGUGCCCCCGCUCCCCUUCGAUGAUAUCACGGUACCGCGCCAGCGAACAAUGAGAGCCAGCAGACCGACGAGCCAAGUGCCUGCGUCGUAUCACCACCGCAGCUCAUUCGGCGGGCAUCAGCGUUCGGACUCGACGGCGACGACGGUGCAGCAGACCAGCGUGGUGGACGCGAUCGCGCAGACGAUGGUGGGCGAGUGGAUGUUCAAGUACGUGCGUCGCCGCAAGUCGUUUGGCGUCGGGGAGAAGGAGUCCUCAUGGGAGGGUAAGCACCCGGACGAGGUCUCGGCCAGCAUCGGCAGCAGUGGUACGCGGCACAAACGCUGGGUCUGGCUGGCCCCCUACGAGCGCGCCGUCAUGUGGAGUAGCAAGCAGCCGACGAGCGGGCCGGCCUUGCUGGGCAAGACUGGGCGCAAGCUGAUUAUCCAGUCGGUGCUGGACGUCAAGGACGAUAAUCCCUUGCCCAAGGGGGUCAUUAAUAUCAACCACAACGGCAGUAACAACGCUACCGCCAACGCCGCGCCGUUCAACCGCUCCAUCUUGAUUCUGACGCCGCAGCGUGCUCUUAAGUUCACGGCCAUGAGCAUCGAACGGCACUUUGUCUGGCUCACCGCGCUCUCCUUCCUGAGCCACUCGUCCAUUGGCAUGCACGACCUGUCAACCAUCCCCCCCGUGCCGCAGGAAGAGUAUAUCGCGCCCGCUCCGGCACCCAGCCUGCGUCGCCUGCCUAUUCGCGACUCCAUCCGUGUCGCCAAGGGCAAACCUCGUCCGGGUCCCAAGGGUAAACGGUCCUUUACCGGGAAAUCCCAGGCCACACCCCCAUUACCAUCAUUACCACCACCGCCGCCGCCGGUGGCGGAUAUGCUCAUGGACGCGGCCGAUCCUCCCAACGUUCCCCGGUUCUCGAGCCACCACAAUCACUCCCGUAAACGCAGCAACACGACACCCCGCAUACCCGUGAUCCGCAGUUUUUCCAGCCACGCAACCAUCCAGUCGACAGCAGCGUACAGCUCCGGCUCGGGCGAGGCAGCCUCAUCUAUCGCACCCGGUACAAUCACCUCCACCGGCGGCGGCGGCGGCGGCGGCGGCCACGGCUUCAGCAGCGUACGGAGCAGCUUUAGCCGACGCACAUCCGAAGCAAGCGGCCGCGCCUCGUCAAGCACGACAGGCGGGAAUUGCCAUCCCGCCUAUCAUCAUCAUCAGCAGCAGCAUCAUAAUAAUAAUAAUCCUAAUUUCUUCGACGCGAUCGGGACAGUGCGCAUGGAAGCCUUUAUCGGCGGAACGAACGCGCCUCCGCCCAUCCCACCCUCGCUCAUCUCGGGACCCUCGCGUUCUUCUUCUUCUUCGGCUCGCCCGCGCGCCGGGGCAGGACAGCACCCGGCGUCGUCGGCGUCGUCGCAGGGACGACACGCGCGCAAGACGUCGAGUCAGUGGUCCUCGCCGCGGUACGGGUAUGAGCUCGAGUCGCCUACUUAUGCGGAGUCGUCGGAGCCGUACUUCCGCGACGAGUUUAGGGGGUUUUGA